AUGGCCUUCUUGGACAAUCCAACUAUCAUUCUAGCUCAUAUUCGACAGUCACAUGUGACCAGUGAUGACACAGGAAUGUGUGAGAUGGUUCUCAUUGAUCAUGAUGUUGACCUAGAGAAGAUUCAUCCUCCUUCAAUGCCCGGAGACAGUGGGUCAGAAAUUCAGGGAAGCAAUGGUGAGACUCAGGGCUAUGUGUACGCCCAGUCGGUCGAUAUUACCUCAAGUUGGGACUUUGGUAUUAGAAGACGCUCAAAUACAGCUCAAAGAUUAGAACGACUCCGAAAAGAGAGACAAAACCAGAUCAAAUGCAAAAAUAUUCAGUGGAAAGAAAGAAAUUCUAAGCAAUCAGCCCAGGAGUUAAAGUCACUGUUUGAAAAAAAGUCCCUCAAAGAGAAACCUCCAAAUUCUGGGAAGCAGUCGAUAUUAUCUGUACGCCUGGAGCAGUGCCCCCUGCAGCUGAAUAAUCCCUUUAACGAGUACUCCAAAUUUGAUGGCAAGGGUCACGUAGGCACAACAGCGACCAAGAAGAUCGAUGUCUACCUCCCCCUGCACUCAAGCCAGGACAGACUGCUGCCAAUGACGGUGGUGACCAUGGCCAGCGCCAGGGUGCAGGACCUCAUCGGGCUCAUCUGCUGGCAGUACACGAGCGAAGGACGGGAGCCGAAGCUCAAUGACAAUGUCAGUGCCUACUGCCUGCAUAUUGCCGAGGAUGAUGGGGAGGUUGACACAGACUUUCCCCCACUGGAUUCCAACGAGCCCAUUCAUAAGUUUGGCUUCAGUACUUUGGCCCUGGUUGAAAAGUAUUCAUCUCCCGGUCUGACAUCCAAAGAGUCGCUCUUUGUUCGAAUAAAUGCUGCUCAUGGAUUCUCCCUUAUUCAGGUGGACAACACAAAGGUCACCAUGAAAGAAAUCUUGCUAAAGGCAGUGAAGCGAAGAAAAGGAUCCCAGAAAAUUUCAGGCCCUCAGUACCGCCUGGAGAAGCAGAGCGAGCCCAACGUCGCCGUGGACCUGGAGAGCACCUUGGAGAGCCAGAGCGCCUGGGAGUUCUGCCUGGUCCGCGAGAACAGUUCAAGGGCAGACGGGGUUUUCGAGGAGGACUCGCAGAUUGACAUAGCUACAGUACAGGAUAUGUUGAGCAGCCACCACUACAAGUCAUUCAAAGUCAGCAUGAUCCACAGACUCCGCUUCACGACCGACGUCCAGUUAGGUAUCUCUGGAGACAAAGUGGAGAUAGACCCUGUUACGAGUCAGAAAGCCAGCACCAAGUUCUGGAUUAAGCAGAAGCCCAUCUCGAUCGAUUCUGACCUGCUCUGUGCCUGUGACCUUGCAGAAGAAAAAAGCCCCAGUCACGCGAUAUUUAAGCUCACAUAUCUAAGCAAUCACGACUAUAAACACCUCUACUUUGAAUCUGACGCUGCUACCGUCAAUGAAAUCGUGCUCAAGGUUAACUACAUCCUGGAAUCGCGAGCAAGCACUGCACGGGCUGACUAUUUCGCUCAAAAACAAAGAAAACUGAACAGACGCACAAGCUUCAGCUUCCAGAAGGAAAAGAAAUCAGGGCAACAGUGA